AUGGAGGGGGAGAGGAAGAGCAAGGGCGAGAGAGGGCAAGGGACUGGGCGCUGGCAUACCAGGGGGGGCAGGGUGGUGGGCGGCGACCGCCGCAUACCGUCCUACGGCGGGGACUAUCGCUACGCCAGGGAAGACAAGGGCGUCGAAGUGCAGCUGCUGCUGUUCGAAUCGUUCGGCGGGUUCGGAAAGGGGGUCCGUGAGAUCCUCCGGAGAGCGGCGGACGUGCUACAGAACAAGCUGACGCGGGCCCAGUACCUCGAUGAGGUGACUUGGACCACCAAGAGCUGGCUGGGGCUGCAGAAGCAGCGCAUCUCAGUCGUUCUUCACACGGCCAUCGCAGAGCAGGUCGUGAAUGAGCUUGCCUGUGGCGGGGGUGGGCGGGUGCACGGAGCUAAGGAGUUUCGUUGUAAGAUUCUCAAAAAGUCGGAGCUAAGUGCCUCGCCACCCUCGCAGGAGUCGCUUAGGCGGCUCCCGUGUUGUAACGCGCCGACGCAGCCGGCAGACGCCCUCCCCUCCGCCCCCGAUCUCGGCGUGAGCGAGACGAAACUGGAGCCGCCCAGCCCUCCCGCCGUCGAACUCGACGGGAAGCUGGAGCUGUGGCGCAAGCGCGGCGGCGGCGACCUCGAGCCGGUCCUCGCGAGCAGCGCCGUCGCCGUCCUCGACGCGCAGUGGGUCAUCAGCCACGCCGAGGCGGGCGGCGUCCUCACCCACCGUCAGGCGCUGCCCAAAGAGGCCUUCCUCUCUUUCGCCGACCUCGUCGAGGCGACCGGCGAGUAUGGCUACCUUCCCGUCGCCGCGCUCUCCUACCCGUGGCUGACCAAGGACCACCCCGACCCGCGCGGAGCCAACCUCGCCCGCGUCGCGAGGGCGCUCAAGGCCCUGCUCAGCGACCAUCCCGUGUUCGGCAAACCCGUCAACCCGCGGCUCGGCGUCUUUUGGGACUUCGGCUCGCUGCACCAGCACCCCGACCCCCCCAACGGCGUCCUGCGCACCGAGGAGCAGAACGCGCUCUUCAAGCAGGGGCUGAGCUGCCUCGGCACGCUCUACUCCCACCCGAAGACAUACGUGCUGCGGCUGACCUCCUUCCCGGACGGCCACAAGGCGGAGGACCAGGCCGAGGGCACCAACGUGGCCAAGUACUUUGACCGCGGCUGGUGCUCCACCGAGAACGCCUGGGCCAGCCUGACAAAGGCCGGCCAGCUCUCCCUAGACCUCGGCAAGAUGCGCGCCGGCGUGGAGUACGGCUACGGCAGCCUCAUCGACGACUGCGUCCAGGACGGCGGCCGGCGCCCUCCGCUGCUGCCGUCUGCGUUCGCGGCGGAGCUGGAGAAGAAGAGCUUCACCAACGGCAAGGACGACAAGCCGCUGGUGAAGCAGCUGUACGAGGCCGCCUUCAAGGAGCAGUUUGGCAAGGCGACCGUGCUGAACUACCGCGGCCUCGGCUGGGGCGACGCGGAGGCGGCGCAGCUGGCGGAGGUCCUCGCGAGCGGGGCAGCGCCGCGGCUCGAGAGGCUCGAGCUCCAGCGCAACAAGAUUGGCGACGAGGGCUGCAAGGCGCUGGCCGCCGCCCUCGGCAAGGAGGGGGCAGCGCCGCGGCUCGAGACGCUCUCUCUCGGCGAAAACAAGAUUGGCGACGAGGGCUGCAAGGCGCUGGCCGCCGCCCUCGGCAAGGAGGGGGCAGCGCCGCGGCUCAAGGAGCUCUAUCUCUUCUGCAACGAGAUUGGCGACGAGGGCUGCAAGGCGCUGGCCGCCGCCCUCAAGGAGGGGGCCGCCCCGAGCUUGAAGGCGCGAGACGCCCCCCUCGCCACACGCCCCUCCCCCGCCCAAUGCUCAUCGCACCUCCCCUCGCGUGCAGUAUCUCUUCGUGGACAACAGGGAGCAGCCUGA